AUGUCGAACGAGCAACCUGCGAGCGCAGAGCGUCCACUGGACUCAGUCCCCCACAUCGGACCCAGCCAACAUCUAGAUCCAAGUCAAGAGCCUCAAGAUGCAGACUCAGCACCUGAAUCCGGUCGCUCUUCCAUGUCCUAUACAAGGACAUACUCGACACCAGCGACCGGUGCACAAACCCCAGAUCCAUUGAUGGGAACGACCAUCUUCGACAAUGUCGCACUGCAUAAUCUAUCAUUCAAAAAGAUGGGCCAAGGCCCAGAUGCGCCCUACACAAUCGACACAAAAGGCCCCCAAGUCACAAACCGAAAAGCCUCAAUCUCGGGAUCCCGCAGUCGGGACGACGUCGCCGACGAAGCGGCAUCGCCGAUCCGAAGCAAGCAAGGCAUCCCGCCUGAGAUCCCGAACUUCACUGCAGAGCUCAUCCUAAUCUUCGUCUGCUCCGCGGGCCUAAUGCUAUUCUCAUUCCUGCUCGGCGACAUGCUCGCUCCACAAGAGCAAAUCAAAACAGCCCUCGGUAUCACCAAUACUGAACUUCCAUGGGUCGUCGGCGCCUUUAAUGUCGCGAACGGCCUAUCGGUUAUCAUCUCCGGCUCGCUAACUGACCUGGCACCACCGAAACUCCUAAUGGUCGGAGCGUUCGCUUGGCUCGCUGUCUGGAACGUUAUUGGCGCAUUCACUCUACACCCGUCCCGCUAUAUCCUAUUCUUCGUUAUGCGCGCCAUGCAAGGCUUGGCAAUCGGCGUCCUAGUCUCGGGAAGUAUGAGCAUCCUCGGGCGCGUAUAUUCACCAGGAAUCCGCAAGAAUCGCGUGUUCUCCGCGAUGGCAGCAUGCGCUCCAUUCGGUUUCUCACUCGGCGCCAUCCAAGGCGGUGCUCUAUACCAGCACCUGCCCUGGAUCUUCGGCUCAAACGCUAUCAUCUGCGCCCUGCUCUGCGUCGCAGCAUGGUUCAGCAUCCCACCCCUCCGACCAGUCGCCGACGUCGCGGGAACCGAAGCCCCAACCCUCCGCCAAUUUGACUACCUAGGCGGUUUCUGCGCUGCCGGCGGCUGCGUUUGUCUCCUCUUCGGUCUAACCCAAGGGCCCGUCGCCUCCUGGCAACCAUACACCUACGUCCUAAUAAUAAUCAGUCUCAUCCUCUUCAUCGGUCUAUUUUUCGCCGAACGCCGCGCAGUCCGACCACUAAUCCCAAACCGCCUCUGGAAAACACCGGGCUUCACUCCAUUGAUGAUCGCCUAUUUCCUAGGCUUCGGCUCUUUCUUCGGCUGCUGGCAAUUCUACGCCAUCCAAUUCUGGCUCCGAAUCCAACAUGCCACCCCCAUCGCUGUGGCCCUCUACCACAUCCCCAACGCUCUAGUCGGUGUCCUGGCAACCUGGAUCGUCAGCCGGAUCCUCCACCUUGUCCCGGGCCACUAUAUCUACGCCGUAUCGAUGUUCGCAUUCACGCUCGGACCGGCGUUCUUCAUUCCGCAGACUGCUAACACGGUCUACUGGGCUCUUUCUUUCCCUGGUGUUGCGCUUGUCACGUUCGGUCCUGAUCUUGCCUUUGCAGCGGCGUCUAUUUUCAUUACCAGUAGUGUGGCUCGCUCAUACCAGGGCUCUGCUGGUGCAUUGCUGGUUACAAAUCAGAAUCUUUCGUCGGCUAUCAUGACUAGUGUUGCGGAUGCUAUUGGUACGCGUGUUGAUCGUGGUCCGUCUGGUGAGAUUGGUCUUGAAGGGUUGCAUGCUAUUUGGUGGUUUGCGCUUGCGGCGCAGUUGCUUGCUGCUUUGGUUACUAUAUUUUGGGUGAGGAUUCCUAAGGAGGAGGAGAAGGAGCAUGUUACUUGA